GGCGUAACAAGCGGGGGCAGCUUUGUAUAUCACGUGGAGACAAGCCCCGCCCCUCCAAUUUAAUACUUGUCAGCCUUUGAGUGUGUUCACAUUGACUUGCAGUAAGCGGCCAGGGGCUGAACGUGGCGCUCGUACGAAAGGAGUAGCGAGCUCUAUCUGACAAGGAGCCUCCCAUGGCAAUUGCAGCUGGAGGGAAUUCCCUAGCGCAAGUCUGUGAGACAGAAACAGGGGACUCCGUGAAGUGGCCGGUGCUGUGAAACACACCAAGUUGCGUUGUGUCCAGCAGAACUCCGUGUAUGACGCGCUGCACUUGCUCCUGUUUAAUUAUCUCAUGAGGGGGCAACGGCUCACUUGCCCUCCACUUGUCUUUCUGUACAAUGCCGACACUGAAAUAAAGAAUUGAGGGGAGCCUUUCCUUGGAUUGUUUUGGUCUCUUCCAUACGCUCUGCGUUGGUGUGUCCUAUGUGGCUUUAUCUGUUGCUACUGCGUCAAGCCCCGCUGACCCUCCCAGAUUAAUGAGGCAGCAGCCACCCAGUGAGUGUGAUAUGGCUCUCAGCAGGACCCUGCUGCCCUCCAUCUCAACGUUCACAGCGGGGACCCCAAGCAAGGACAAGGCACUGAGACAGGCAAGUGCAGGCAAUAGGUGGAGGGAAGAUCCAUCCCACAUGAAGAGGCAUUCUGUGCCUAACCAGUCUCGUGCUUAUGAUGGUUUGGAGAUGGAUUCUCCAGCCCUGCUGACUCGAAGGGAACCUGAGGAAUUUAAUGAGCUACUGGACUUCGAUUUUAUCUUGUCCAAUUCCCUUAUCCACCAGGAGUCCAUGGCGUUGGGUUCUUCUUCUUCAUCUUCGUCAGUCACUGCAUCCUCGCCUCCACCCCCUGCUCCACUUCCAGAUAACAUGUCUGCUCUCCCAUCUACCACUUGCAACUUUGUAUACCAGGUACGUUGUCCCCAGGAAUCAUUAGGGGGCACUCUUAUGUACAAUGCAAGGGAUCCUACCAUGCCCAGUGUCACUUUCAACCUGGCGGAUAUAAAUGAUGUUUCCCCUUCAGGGGGUUUUGUGGCUGAACUGAUGAGACCUGACUUGGACCCAGUAUUUAUGCAGCAACAACCACAAGCUAGCUUGCAAGGUAAAUUUGUUUUUAAGACAACAGUUAACAUGGGUGAUUAUGGCCAAUCCAUCAGUGUUAGAAAAAACAACUCUGGCAUAGACAGUCCCUUGUCUUAUACUACCCACCAGCUUUGCCAAAAGAUCAAGCAGGAACCUUCUUCAUCUUGCACUGCAGCAUGUCCAAUGGACGGACAAGGCCAACAGUCACAAGGCCUGCGUGAGUUUCAAGCAGGAAGGGUUCUACCAAUUAGGACUAACCAAUCUUUGUCUCCAGAAGAGCUGAUAGGCAGAGACUGUCAUUCUUCCUCUCAGACAUUAAGUCAUACGUCAUUGCCAAUACCUCCUGCCUACCACACCUCUGCCAAUUUUUCCCACUUCAGUUCAGAUCAGCCACAGGCACAGUUGCCUCCAACCCAGCUACAAUAUCAAGGUCAGUCUUAUCUAAAUAUUUUUGACGAGCCAUUAAACUUGCAACUGUUGAAACAAGAAGUGAUGUUGACUCCACCCUCUUCACCUCUAGAGCUUUUAACCACUGGGGGUUGUAUACCAGAGGAAUCUAAGCCCAAGAGGGGUCGAAAAUCCUGGCCUAGGAAAAGGACAGCUGCUCACACUUGUGAGUAUGCAGGUUGCGGAAAGACCUAUACCAAGAGUUCUCAUUUAAAGGCUCACUUACGAACUCAUACAGGUGAAAAGCCAUACCACUGUGAUUGGGAAGGGUGUGGGUGGAAAUUUGCUCGCUCAGAUGAACUGACCCGCCACUACCGAAAACACACAGGUCACAGGCCUUUCCAGUGUCAGCGAUGUGAUCGAGCUUUCUCUAGGUCUGAUCACCUUGCUUUGCACAUGAAAAGACACUUCUGAGUACUCCAGCACUAUGCCCUGUACUGCCAUGAGAUAUUCAGAGCAUGCUUUCUAUUUGGGCAAAAGGAAUAACGCAAGCACUACAAGUUAUAUAGCUGCAUUAUGGGACCACUGUUAUGUAACUUAAUGUACCAUCCAUCUUCAGAACUGGAAGAAUGCAAACUUUAAAGUGGGAUUUUGACUGGAUCUUCAAGCAUUCCUUGUUCGUUUUUAUAAAGUGACUUGAAUCACCAGACUACAACAUUGUUAGAAAUAACUGGAAUGGACAUUUUGGUUAACCAUUCAAGCUCAGAGAGCAAUGCUGGGGGGGAUUAAUGCAAUCCUUUAAGAGUAAAAUCACAGCCAAAGACUUGUAUUUUUUUUCAUUCCUAAUUUUUAACUAAUCACAAAAACAGGACAAAUGUCAGGUACAGAAUGUUGCUGGAAGGAUUUAAAAUAGUUAAUGGUGCUUACAGACUGAAGCUUUUAAUGGUACCAAAAUGAAGCCAAAGUUCUCAAACUGCUGCAUAUCUGACAAGGAAAUCUAUUUUUGUCUUCCGAUAUACAAGUAUGACCAAAGUCAGGGAUAGAAACCUGAUUUAUUUUGUUAAUAUACAUAUAUGUAUAUGCAGACAGUAUGUGACGCACUGUGGUUUCUAUGUGCAAUAAUUUGUACUAUUUCUAAAUAUGCCUUAAGCAGAACAAAAUGUUUUUCUAUAUUUGACUUUACAUAAAAAAUAUGUAAUAUAAAAUUAAGCAAACGUCUAUUUUGUAUAUUUGUAAACUAUUAAUUUUUUUUCUGUCUGUUUUUUAAUUUACAUAUUUAGUACGUUUUGAAUAAACUUAGAAAUAUUUUAUAUGGAGUGAAACAUCUGUCCUUUACAUGGCCUUAACUUUCCUUUGUGGUUUCUCUGUUUGAAGUUGUUACAUUUUUUUUACAUCUUAAUACACCAAAUUCUUUUGGACAAUAUAACAUGGGCAGUUUUGUUUUUGUGAAAGACAAAAUGAAACCGUGGAGCAAUUUAAGGCAAACUAUUUUAGCAAGGCUAGCAUCACAUGCUCCCAUCCCUUAGACUAUAUUCACCAACCUAUUAAAAUGAUUUUAACAGAGACAUCAAUGAUGUGUUACUGUCAACCCACCAGCAAUCCAGCCCUAUGCGUUGGACAGUGACUGGAGAAGUGCCUCUGUUAAAAGUUUUUAUAUUUACAGUAUGCAAUACAGACAGAAUUACUUUUUACAGUCCGUAAUGACAAAAUGAAUUCUCUCUAUAAAAGGAACCAUUUUUAUAAAACCUUAUUUUUUUCAAAGUUUCUAUUUGUCAGGACACUUGUCAAUAAUAUAUAACAUUCAACGUUGCUUUUAUAUUAUUACAGGGUAUUUCUUAAUGCCAUAGAUAACUCUGUUGCCUAGAGAACAUUGACUAUAGUCUCUUUCUGUUAAAGGGCACAGACAAAAUGUUAACAGGAAUUUUGGCAUGAUAGUAAUGAUUUCAUUGCUUAACUGAACUGUCUAAAUACAUGUGCAACUUGCUGCAGUUACUGCUGAUGUUGCAUAUAGUUUUAGGCUUUGUUUUAGUCCGUUUACAUUCAAAUAAUAAAAAGUUAAUGAAAGCUAAAGUGCCAAAAACAACUGAGUGCCUUCAUCUUUACAAAUGAUGUUUAUACAAAUGUAUAAUUAUGUCACCAUGUUCCAGUGUUAACAUUCGUGUAUUGUUUUCCAUAAAAUGUAUGGAUAAAAAAUCUUGGUGAAUUAAAAAUCUAAAAAGAAUUAGAUUUAUAGUGGGUCACAAACUUCUUAUUGGUGUUAGUAGUUUUAUUUUCAGGGUUGUAUAUCAGUUUCUCUGUUGAGUAAUUAUUUUGCUGUGUCACAGUACAUCACCAUUUACUGCACCAUUUUGUUUGAGCCAGCACUAAAGUAUAAAUGAUGUUUUAGAGCAAAGUGUUCCAAACACUUUGCUCUGAGACUUCACAUACUUAUCAUAGGCAACAACUAUUUGAAAUGGCACUGCCAAAAUAUUACAGAUGGCAGUUUGCAUAUGCAUUUGCAAGUGAUUAAUGUUGAUGCAUUCCACUAUCUCAGUCUGCCCUAUGAAUUUUUUACCCAUGGGUGCAGAUAUUACUGCUGAAUGCAUAGGAUUGUGGGAUAUGUAAUGUAUAAAGAAAAUGCAACUGAUCUUCCCAAAAUUGCUUCAAACGUACAAAAAAGGGGGAUUUUUUCAAUGUACGUUCCCAGUAACGUUUUUUACAAAGAGCAUAUAUUUCAAAAAGAAGGGGUUCAGAUACAAGUUUAUGAUCACAAUAUUCAAAGUGACCGCACCCAUGCCAGGCUGUACUGAUCAGCCUUUGAGAUCAAUACUUUGGUCAGAAGAUACUUUUUCCAAGAUAAAACAAAUACGCUGAGGUGAGAACUUAUGAAAGAAGUUACCAGUGGAAAAUAGGACCACCAUGCGGGAUUAAGCUUAAUAGGGUCUAGUGGUUUUGAAACAUAAUGAUUAUAAACUUGUAAAUAAAAAUCCUUCUUUUUAAAAAUGUAUGCAGGUGCAAAGGAAAAACCAGUGUUAUGAAACUGAUUUAUAUGGGCGAGUCCUCAUAGGUACUAUUUGUCCUUAUAGGUGCUUCUUGUUUCAAAAAUGAACACCGUGAGAAACAAUCAUAAACUUCUGUUGCUCCUUGCUCUUUUUUUUCCAAGAUACAGAUUUACGGCACAUAAUACUGAUUUUUGAAGCUUUAUCUCCAGGGCCAACAUUUAGGAUCACUAGCAAAACAGUCAGGCUGCCACUUGUAAUUGAAUGGAAAGUUAAUUGUUGUAACUGAAUGCAAACUACACUCCAUAUGAUUAAGCUAAAACUUUCAUCUGCUGUUGUUUUCAUUUGUACCGCCAUUCUAUUUGUUCAGAUUGAUUUGUAAAGCUGCUAUAUUUCAGAAACACAUCCAAUAAAUAUUUAAAGCCAAAGAUGAAAAAAAGAAAUAA